UCAUCACACACACGUCACACACAACACGACGGAGUUCUUCCUCUGGGUUGGAGUUGGACCAAUCGACCACCGACCAGUUCAGAUCAGAUCAGGCGGACUCUAGGACGUGUGUGGUACAUGGCUCCUGAGCCUCCGCGCGAACCCGAGUAACCCGAAGGCCGAAGAAGAUUAUACAAAAUCUUUUCAGUUUUUCCCUAAAUUUCAAAACAAAAAGCAACAAAACAAAAAGUCGUCAAUGUUUAUAUAAGAAAGCAAAAAAAAAACGCCAUACAAAUUUGAAUUUUUGAAUCUGGUUAAAAAUUACCACAUCGCGCAAGCAAGCCAACAACAAGCGAAAAUCAAAACAAAAAAAAACACGGAGUAAAUUGAAACAGCCCGAAAAAAAUUUCUUCGUUCAGAGUGUGAGUGUCAUACAACAAAAAAAAAAAAUUAGAAUGAAAUAAUUACACCAAAACGGCGGACCAUAUCAACGUUUGUUGUCGUCCAGCGAAGAAUUGAAAGUCAGCGAAAAAAAAGAAAAAUUAGUGGGAGGAGUGUGCUCCAAGACCAGCCAAUCAACAAGGAUGAAAGUGUUGUGGUUGUUGCUGUUACUGUUGCCAUCGUACCCGUUAUCGAUCACGCGAUCAUCGCCAGUAGUACUAGCCGCCGCUGCUGCUGCUGCUGCACCUCAUCAAUCUCCGAUCGAAAGCAGCGCGAAAAGUGCAGAAGCAAGUGAUGCUGCACUGCGUGAUUGAAUAGAACAAGAAGAAUUACAACAAACAAGAAAUCGCGAAACAAAAAAAAGCAAGAACGAUCCGUGACGGUUUGUGACAUGUUGUGAGAAAGCUCCGCCAACUCUGCUCGGGCUACGAUUCGAUUCUUCGAUUACUCAGCUGGAUUACUAUCAAGUUUUUCUUUUCGGUCGCCAGCUCCUCCUCCUCCCACUGUUCGCUCCUCGGGGGGCGGCCAGAGCAGGGCGCAAACAAAAGUGCACCAGCAAAACAACAAACAAAACAAUGUGCGUGUGAAAUGAUGAGACAAGUUCAGUGACUUUUUUGUGACACCGCCCCCUUCAGCGAAAACAAAAGCAAACAAAAAAAAAUCUACCGUGACUUUUCUCCGGUGUUACACCGCGAUCAGUGCGUGCGUGCGUGCGUUUUAGGGGUCCCGUUUUUCGGUGCGGGCGUGUGUGUGUGUGUGCGUGCGCGUUUCCUCGUCGGUUUUUGGACUUUUCUUCGCGGACGUCGGACGCUAGUGAGUGAACUGAACAGCGAAGCUGUUACGUGCGUGAGGCACCCCUGGUGCAGUGAUCGAAGUGCGUGCGUGCCUGCCCGUGUUUUCGUGUGCCGUGCGUACCGCUUACAGGCACAGGGUGUGAUCUUCUAAGCCGGUCUGCGCGUUCUGGACGGCUUACAGACAACAAUCUCCAAACAAACGAAGCCCGAACCUUUAUGGAGUGCUGGACGGGUGACGCCCGCUUGGCGAGAUUUUGCGAUUAAGCAGCGUAAGCUGUCACCGACAUGGGCAGUGAGCAUUACUGCUUGAGGUGGAACAAUCAUCAAUCCAACCUGUUAGGGGUGUUUAACCAAUUGCUGCAGGACGAGAGUCUGGUGGACGUAACACUAGCUUGCUCAGAGGGCGCCUCCAUCCGAGCCCACAAGGUUGUUCUCUCGGCCUGUUCCUCGUACUUCCAGACGCUGUUUCUCACCCAUCCCGGGCGGCAUCCGAUCGUGAUCCUGAAGGACGUCCGCUUCGCCGAGCUCCGCACGCUGGUCGACUUCAUGUACAAGGGCGAGGUGAAUGUCGAAUACUGCCAGCUGUCGGAGCUGCUCAAAACCGCCGAAUCGCUAAAGGUUAAAGGUCUGGCAGAGAUGACCAACCAGAACACGACGCUGACCGAGCCAAAGCGCGAACCGGACCGUCUGAGGCCCCACAGCCAUAGCAGUGCCCAUGCAACGGCAGCGGCCACCGCAACCGCCGCCACCAGUCUGACAACCGCUUCCUCACCGUCGUCGGUGCCGGCCGCGACUACCGCCGGCAGUGCCGCAGCCGUUUCACCGCAUCACCAUCAACAUUCGCAGCAUCACCACCCCUCGCUCGGUUCCCCCACCAGCAAUGCUGCGACCGUGGCAGCGGUGGCCGCCUCCCUCGGUAUCACCGAUCUGUCCACGAUAUCGUCGAAAUCCCGCGGGCUGGAUCCGGACGGAAGAAGUCCUUCGCCAACCCGACUGGAUCCGCCUUCGCCACCUGCUGCUCCUCUAGCACUGUAUCCUCCCCUUAGGAAAAAUCGUGAUCAUACGCAUAGCGGUUCUGUAUCCUCAACAGCAACUACGACCAUCACAACGGCAACCGGAGCGGAACGUUCCUCCGAGGAACGGGACAUCGCCGAUCACCACAAAAGACCCCCGUCGAACAAUGGCAAUGCCUUCAGCAGCAGCAGUAGCAGCUUAGCCCUCAACAGUCUGAACAGCACCGUCGAAGGACUGAGCAACGCCAACAAUGACAGCGGGAAUGAUGACGAUGACGACGACGAUGAUGACGAGGACAAUGAGGAGAACGGAAAUCUUAUGUCGCACGAACCGGGAACAGCGGGAAGUAACGAGCAGGAUCAGCUACUGCAACAUUGUCGCCGGCAGCGGUCCAGUGUGGACGAGGACGCAGGUCGACGCAGCAAUUCCGCCGCCAUCGUUAACGCCAAUCUUAUCAACAACAACAACAACAACAACAUGAGCAUGAACACCUCGGAUGAUGAGUACGAACCGCCGAUCAAGAUCAAGAGUGAAGUCGAAUUUUCCCCCCUCUCAGGACUAAACAUGACCAUCAACUCGCCCGCGUGCCUAGCAAACUCGACCAGCACCGGUGGCCUGGUGAAUUCGUCCGUUCUCGGCGAUCUGAGGCCUUCGUCGCGCGACAGUGGCGGCGGAGGUCGGGGUGGCGGAACACCAGUGGCGUGCAGUUCGACUACGACAACGGCUAACAGUGUUUCGGGUGGUAACGGAAGUGCUCUUGGACUGGAUCGUAGCUCACCGCGAUCCCUGCGGGAUCGAAGCGAGCGGAGUACUUUCGGCAGUGGCGGUAUUCCGAGUCCACUCUCGGAGCCCAUCGCUGGACCAUCGGGGAUGGGACCGGUGCAGCAGGUUCCACUGUCUUUGAAGAAAGAGAUCGACUGGGACCGGGGGGACGACAAGUCGUCCGGUGACAGUUCCUUGGAUUUCCGGCACCCGCACGAUUCGGAAGCAUCAGAACCGCAUGCCGCCAGCGGCAGUGUCGUUGGCGGUGGUCUUUGUCCGAGCGGUCUCGGCGGGCCACCGCUGGGGCUCAGUAGUGGUGGUGGUGGUGUUGUCGGAGGAGGAGGAGGCGGAGGAGGAGUCAGUGGCGGCAUUGUUGGCGGUGGUAUGGGUCCGGAUCAGGUGCCGGGUGGCGGUGGUCCUGGUCCAAUCUAUCCGUGCAUGUACUGCGGGGCCCAGUUUCCGCACCAGAGUAAACUGACCCGGCACAUACUAUCGCAUUCGCUGGAAACGCUCAAAUACCGCGAAACAGCCCACCUUAUACAUCCGUCGCGGCUGGCCCUGUUCCAGCAGCAACAUCACGAGUUGACCCAGGCACAGGCGCAGCACCAGCAGGCGGCGGCGGCAGCGGUAGCGGCCGCCUCGCUAGUGCAAUCCUCCCCUUCGCCGUCGCAGCUGACGUCGCCGCACUUUGCGCCCCAUCGGACGGGGCCACCACUCGAUCAGCUGCUAGAGCCCCCGGAUGGUGCGUCACCGAUGGAGCUCGAGUUUGCCGCCGCCGUCGCAGCGCAGGCCGCUGCGGUUGCCUCCGGCAAUGCGGCCGCCGCCGAUCAAGGCAACGUGGUGCUCUGUAAGUUCUGUGGUAAAAGUUUCCCCGACGUGUCUUCGCUCAUCACCCAUCUGCCGGUGCAUACCGGGGAUCGGCCGUUCAAGUGUGAGUUCUGCGGUAAGGCGUUCAAGCUAAGGCAUCACAUGAAGGACCACUGUCGGGUGCACACAGGCGAGCGACCGUUCCGGUGUGGGAUGUGCGGCAAGACGUUCUCCCGCUCGACGAUCCUGAAGGCGCACGAGAAAACUCACUACCCGAAGUACGUGCGGAAGUUCCUAUCGCCGUCACCGAUCGACGGGAAGGACGAAUCGCCCCAAUAGUGUGACGACCUGCACCUGCUGAACUUCCUCCUGCUCUACAACCUGCAGCAUCAUUGUGAUAUGUACGGCUUCACCUGAACGGCCUCACCCUCCCAGGAAUAAACCCGGAAUAAAUAGCAGACAAAAAAUCCGCGAUCAGAAACACAAACACACCUACGCAUAUAAAAUAAUCCCAAGCAGGACAGCAGAAGCAGAGCAGCAGUUGGCAGUGGCAAUAUAAUCGUGGGAAGCGACGCACAGUCAGGAGCAUCCGUACAACUAAAGGAACUUACAUGAAUAAGCAAGCCCCCUUCCUCCCGACAACAGAAGAAGCUAUUACAAAACUAAUAACCAAGCAUCUCCCUAUUAGAAUAUGUACCCCCUCACUCUCCCCACACAGACACUCAUAAACACUCACACGAACACUCAGAAGUGGACAUCCUCUCAGACAGCCCUCAAAAAUCGAAAGGAUGAACCGCGCCGAGUAAUGAAGCAAUAUAUAAAGUUUAAUUUUAUAUAUAAGUGCUAAUCUUGGAGCAAAGUUUAUACAGAAAACCACACAGAAAAAAACACACGUAUGUAAUUAAUAUUGGUGCUACUUAUACCAAUAAUAACUUCUUAACAGGUAAGGUGAAAAAGGUACCGAACAUACGCUGGACAUUAAUACACAUACAACACAAGACAAAGCAAAACAAAACGAGGAAACAAUAGAAUCAAGCAAACUAAAACAAAUCAAGAGAGAGAGAGGAUCACUGCUGACUGAUGUGUGUUCCGUCAAUUUCGGAGUGAAGUGGAGAAUUUAAAAAAUAUAAAAUACACACAUACACAAAACGAGCAAACACCAUUUUGUCGUCGAGGUCAAACUACAGAUAGGUCGAUCGGUAAUAAACGAGAUUGUUUGACCCCUCGCGAGUUGGUUCCGGUCCGACACAGAAACAAAUAACCGCGCGUCUCCAUUGCAACAGCUCGAUGGAGACACUCGGUGACCAACAACGCGCAGCAAAGAGCAGAGCAACUCGGCCCCGAAUCACUAUAAGCGUAAUUAAAUGGAGAAAAGACAUCUGUGAUCUUAUUGAAUAUUAAUUAAUUGAGUUAGUUAUUAAUUAUUGUCUAACCCAGAAACCGAAGCAACAGCAGCAGCAGAUGCGAUAGAGAAAGAGAGAGAGAGAGAAAACAAACGAACGGCGAAGCUGGGCUUGAUUUGCGUUUAAAUCGUCAAGCGCUCCAGUUUUCUUUCGCAUGUUUGACAGAGAGAAGAAAAAAUUGCCUUGUUUCAAACCGCGUGUGACCAUACAACAAUUUCCCCGAUUCGUACUCGCAUUAAUCAUCCUGUUUUAGUGCUCUUGUUUACAAUUUCGUGUACAGAUUUUUGUUUUAAGUAAACCCAACAGAAAUCAAAAGCUAUUUUUCUUGUUAUCAGCUUAAGAAGAGACAGAUUUUUCAUAUACUUUUAGUUUCAGCGGACAGCAACACACACAUACACAAUAGAACCUUAACGACUAAAUACAGACACGAAAAUACAUACACACACACAGAGUGGAAAGGGAGACGAACAGCAAAAAUAAGCUGAAGGCGAUAUGAUAAAAUCGAUGAUUCGGUUCAAUUGUGAAAAAUGAAGAAAAAACAAACGAAGAAGCAUAACGUUCCUUAUUACCUUUAAUGAGUUUAGUUUUAGUGUUUGAAAAUUACCAUUUAGUAAGGUUCUUUGAAUAGUAGAACGCGAAGGGACAAACGCUGCGGAAGCGAACCAAGCCCGAAAGGGGCCAAAAUUCUUUCGAUUAAUUGCUUUGCGAAAGAGUCCUCAAUGGACACAUAGUCUAGAGAAUUUCAACAGCAAAAAUAAUCUGUUCUUUCUAAAACAAGCUGCAUAAAAAAAGAGAAGAACAAACAGCAGCAAAAUCAUUAACAAUUUAGAUCUAAAGCAAAAAAAACGUCUGUAAUCAGCGUGACAGAAAAGAUAGUAGAAAUUUAGGCGAAAUUAACUCUAGUUGCAUAUCAUAAGAAAAGUAAUCACCAUUAAAAAACAAACAAAACACAUUCACACAUACAUGCACAUACACAUACACACAAGCAAACACAUGUACACCCACAUUUGAUUCCAUCGAGGCAAUCAAACCCUACUGCGUAAGCAAAAAAAACUAAAAUAAUGUUAUUUUUGGUUAGAAUCUUUUAGGCAAGCGAAUGCAAGCGACUUCCCCGUUCAAAUCGAAGGUGGAGGAGAUAAUCAAAAUUGACUGUUUCGGCCCCCCCGCACGCGACCUUCCCCCAUUUUUUCGAGUCACUAAAAAGGGCACGACAAACGAAAAAGUGUCGCGCCAUAUUUAGGUAACGUAAACCAAAGUUCAAAAUUAUCGUUUCGGCAAAUUAAGAGAACGUGUUGUGAUAUUCAAGUGAAAUGGAGAAGAAGAAAAAACCUAAACUAAAACAAAAAAGCUAAACUAAAAAGCCUAGUUCAAAUUUACGUUGUUAAGUUACGGAGAUUCAAUUCUCUUUCUCUAGUAUUUGUUGAUUAAGAUUAGUUAAAAGCGUAAACACACAAAAAUCUAAUUGGCGACUUUUUAACACGAACACAGAAAAAACAAAAACACUGCAAGCGUUGCUUGAGGGAAAAACAAAAACGAAAGGGAAAAAAUCAGCGCUUAUUUUCCGAUAAAAAAAAAACUUUAUUCUAAUGAUUUGUUGCGUAACCAUUGGCUGUGAUUAAAAUGAACAAUUUACGUUUUAUCUUGUGUGGCACACAGGAACGAAAAAUCAUUAAUAUUAAGUAACUUAAUUAUAGGAACAGCGAAUUGGCAAAACAAGCGCACCAGGCGUGUUUUUUUUUUCGAAACCUCAUGGAUCUCAAAAUUCUAAAUGUGAUUAAGCUUUGUUUCUAGCUAUUACUACUACUACUACUACUAAUACGACUAGUAGUAGUAGUGCCACUCAAAAAACCAAUGCCAACCCAAGCUAGAGAUUAAAUUUUUUUUUGUUUUUGUCAAAAUUAUUUUGGUUUUUCCUUCCAAAUCGUACAAAUUAAAUCCAAAAUUUUAGGCUUAACAAAUACGGACUGUAUCGAAAUUUAUUUACCGUAAUUGAGUUAUUUAAUAUCUAGUGUGAAAAAAAAUUAAUAUUAAACAAAAUUAAGAACCAAAAAACAGAAAAACAACGCAAGGUCAAAGACAAGAAAAAGCACAAACACGCAACGCGUAAGUUCUCCUCCACUUUUAAGACGAAGAAAAAAAAGCGAGUUAAGAAAACUGUUUCGAAUAGAACGGAAAAUCUUCUGACGAACUAACUACUAAAACUAAGUAAAAAGGCAAAAUUCUCAAUUUUGGAUUGACGGUACAGCUGUAGCAGCGGCAACAGUAGCAGGGUAGGGAAUAGAUUUAACUCACAACAACAGAAGGAGGAAAGUGGAAAUCGAACGCCGAUUUCCGGAUCGUACAUUCCAGUUUUAGGACAGACACCGAGCUUCAAACAUGAACAUAACUACACACACACACACACACACACACACAAAUUCACACACAUACAAACAGAGGAAAUUUCAAUUUAGUUCAAGGUCUUAUUUUUUCCAUAAGUUAGCUUCUGUCAUUUUUUACGUCGGAGUAAAAAAUUUAAAUUCACAGAGUACCGCAAGGAAGUAAAUUGGGGUCGAUUGUGUUUAGAUAGAAGAAAUAUUCUUCCAUAUUAAUUACAAUACUUAGCAGUCUACUUUCGAAGUACUCUAGUUUCGUUUCGAAAGUUGGAGAAUUUUCAAAGCUACUCUCGCUUCGUAAAACAGUUUCAGAGUAGUUUCCAUGAGGGAAAAAAUAAUUUCUUUAUGCCGAGUGAGAGUAAAUUAUUGCAAUUUCCUAAUCGGUGAAAAUUAAUAGAUGACGUGUUGCUCAGCUACGAAACAUUUUUCAACCAUUUCUCACAAGUAUUCAAAUUGAUUAAAUUUAAAAAUGGGAGCAUUUUCGUGAGAUCAAAAAAUUAUCCUUUUGAAAAAAUGGCUCAAAAAAUUUCAGCCAAAUUCAAAACGAUUUCGUGUGUCUCCACACAAAUUAGAAACUCAAUUAAAUGAGUAAAACUAGUGUUUCAUAGUGAAGUUGUUUUUUUUUUAAACUGUCUCAUACAUUUUUUUUUUCAAAUAAUUGGACAACCCUAAGGAACUUCACGUUUGAUAAAUCGAAGCAUCGAAAAUUGUAAUUUUUCGAUGAUAUAAAAUAGGUUUUCAGUUGAAAUCGAAGUAAAAAAUUAAAAUGAAAUGCAUUACUAAAUCAAACUGAAACAGACCUACCUGUUUUGAAUAAACAUGGGCAAACCUGUGGAAGAUCAGAGAAGGGCAAAUUAGAAACAGGUACUCAAAAAAAGGUCUAUUUUUUGUCCAGCUUUGUCUAGCUUUGACUAGUGAAUAGGCCAUUCUGGAGUUAUGUCUGUUAGCAAAGUAACAUUUUUUUUAAAUCGAGCAACUUGACAUCCUUGAGAAGGCCUACACCAAAAAGAUCGAAACGUUGAUAACUAUAUUUUUUUUUUCAAUUCAUCACAACUGCCAUGCUUUAAAGGUGAACUCUUUUUCAAGUAACAAUUUACGUUUUACAAUAUCGGCCUAAAGCUUUCUUUAAUCCCUUUUUGCUCUUGUAAUACGAACCACUGUUGGUUGGUGAGAUAUUUUAUAAUAAUUUUUUUUAUUGAUACAGUGUAAUCUUACAAUAUUUUUUUGUGGAUCAGAAAAACUGACCAUAAUAGAUUUAAAAAAAAAAUAUUUAGAUUUUUAAUGGGGGUACAAACUUGCGUCUACAAGAGUUGAACCUUAACUAUGCAGCUUAAAAAUUUACUAUGGCCUGCUUUAAUCAGGCGGCGUAAUUUAGUAUUGUAUAAUUUUUGAAAUUAUUUGAUUGAAAUUAUUUCAAAUAAUAUCGAUAAUAACCGACGUUUCGGCCAAUUUGAACUGGCUUUCCCGGGGGAUAUCGGUAAUCGAAUUUGGGUAAUAAAAACUCUUUGCCACCACUUAUUAAUUACCAAAAGCAAUUUUUAGAAGAAUGAUCAGAAUGACAACAAACGAAUUAAUUAUUUGAAUAAUUUAUUUAGUGAACUUUUCAAAGAUAAUAAAUGAUGUUUUCAAUGUGCUGCGAAAAUAAAUAAAAAUUAAUAAAAAUAAAUAAUAAUUAACAAUAAUUAUUUAAUUUUGGUGGCCUUUUUCAGGUUGUUGAAUAGUCGUUUAAAGGGGCUGUUAACGGUUUUUUGGCUCCCCGAAACUAUAUUGAAUUUAUGAUUCCUUUAUAGUUAUUGGAUGUCUAAAAUUGAAUAAAGCACAAAAUUAUUUUAAAUUGAAAUGUUAAAAACUGACUAACGUUUCGACCAGGUUUAGGUGGCUUUCCUGAGGAGUAUCGACUAUUGUUUUUGAGUAAAAUUCACAAAAUUCCGGGAACAUCUCCGGAUUGAUUUAAGAUGUUUUUUUGCGAAAUCGCAGCGUGUUCAUGCUUCCAAAACUUCUAUGGAUUUGAUUAUCCCACUAGAACUUAUUGAAAGGGCUCAGUAACCCGUAUUUAAAAACUCAGUUCUGGAAUUCUUCCCAUAAAGUUUUUUUUUCCAUGAAAACGCAGGACAGCCCUGAGGAAGUUUGCACUAGAAAAGAACGAAACGUCAAAAAAAUGUACAACCAGCGUAUAUUAUUAGCAUUUUGCUACGUUCUUAAAACAGGCAUAAAACUAAUACAAGCCGUGAUAAUUCGAUUCAAUAACUCAUAAAUAACAAAUUAUUCCAAGUGAAACCAAGUAAAGUCAACUAAAAAAACUUGAAACGGUAAUUUUAAUGGACUCUUCCAGGUUGUUGAUUGAUCGUUUAAACGGACUGUUAACUCCUAAACCUCUUUGGAAUUGAUCAUCCCACUAGAACUUAUUGAAAGGGCUCAAUUACCCGUUUCGGAAUUCUUUCAAUGAGGUUAUUUUUUUCACGAAAACCUAGGACAACCCUGGGGAAGUUGCACUAGAAAAGAACGAAACUUCAAAAAAAUGUACAACCUGCAUAUAUUAUCAACAUUUUUAUAUGUUCUCAAAACACACAUUAAACUAAUACAAACCGUGAAAAUUUCACCGCAAAGGCUUAAAAAUUUACGAAGGCUUCCCCUAAUCGGGCAAUUCAAUUUUUAUUGUGCAACUAUUUUGCCAUAAUUGAUUCAAUAACUGAUGAAUAACAAAUUAUUUCAAGUGAAACCAAGUGAAUCUGCUGACGUUUCGACCAGUUUGAGCUGGCUUUCCUGAAAGGUUAUGAUGAAAACUUUAUGCCACUAUAUAAAUUUUCUAGAAAUCAAUGUCAGAAUUUUUUUUUUACGGUUUCCAGAUGCUGCGAAUAGCGUUAGUGCUCCAAAAAUUUCGAUAUAAAAGGACUUAUUAAAUGACGUCAAAUUUUGAACUUCAAACAUUUACUACAAUUUGUUGGUUAGCUACCCGGGUUAUUCCUGGAAUUGUAAUUUAAUUACUCAGUAUUCAAAAAAAAUGUAUUGGAAAAAACCAAAGUGAAAUCGACUAAAAAAACUUAAAACGUUAGAAAUUUAGUUAACGUUCCUUGGAUUUUUUUCAAUCAAAAAUAUAAUUUCUGAUUUUUUUAUUAAAAUAAAAACUAGAAGGCAAUAGAACAAUUAAAAAUAAAUACUUCAAAGAAAUACAGUUUUUCACGUCUCGCUUUAUCAACGCGAAAAGUAUAAUCCAGCAAAACAGACGCUAUGGUUGGCUUGCAAGUGAAAGUUUCAAUGCUUUGUGACAAAAAUUGCAAUCUUAUCUUAUCCUGAGGAAGUCUACCGUAAAGAGGUUGAAACGUUAAAAAAUCUAUUAUUUCUGCGUCUUCGAGCUUUUGAUUUUAUUCACAUUAUUCAGAAGACUUUUUUAAAAACAAUUUGAAAGCAAUCAACAGUUUUAGCCUGAUUUUAACCCUAGAGAAAUCGACUGUCAAAAGCUCAUCACGUUGAUUUUUUUUUUUGCUUUAUAUUCCCGUAGAAAAUAUUGAAUGCGGUUUUCAAAGGUAAAAUAACUUACUUUUUUUCAUUAAAAUCAAAAGAUUUGAAAAUUAGAUGAAAAGAAAAACAAAUUAUUGAGAAGCACUUUAAAGAUAUACGAUUUUUCAAUACAAUGAAAAAUGCUGCAAGUAAACCAACCCUGAGAAAGUCUACCAUGCAAAGGUCGAAACGUAGACAACUAUGAUUUUUCUUCUCCUAUUUGCCACUUGAAGCUUAUAGAUAGUAAAUUACUUGAGUAAUAAAUCAUCUCUAAUGACUCAUUGAAGCAGCCUUCAUUGAGUCAUGAGGUAUGAUUUCUAUCUUGAAAAAUAAUUUACUUGAAUAUAAUAUUUCUUGAGACUUUCCUCAUUCUGAAUAUGUUCUAAAGCCUCAAGUUCUGGAAUGUUGCUUGGGUUUUUGAUAUACUAAAAUUUUUAUGAGCUCCACCUCCUGCACUUGAAAACUUUCAAUAUUUGCUUGUGAAUCAGAAGAUUGUGUCCUCGUUGUGAGGAAUUCUACGUUGAAUGUUAAAUUAUCUUUUAAAAACGCUGGUUGAGUUCUUCACUAGCGGAAAACGUGCCGAUGUUCAAUUGAAAUGGAAUUGGAAUCCAGCAGUUCUAAAAAUAUAAAAGAUCUAAACAGAAAAAGCAUGUUUCUUUUUGUCAACGCAGAUCCUGCAAAACCGUCGUCAGGAUUCGCUUCGUUUUGCGAAAAAAAUUACAAGCUAUUAAAAUCGAGACAAUAACAAACCCUAGAGAAGUCUACCAUUAAAAGGUCAAAACGUUGGAAAAUGUGAUUUUUUCCUUCUAUAAAUCACCACUUCACUAAAAUUUUACUUCGGUUUAUUGUGUAUUGAAAUAUUUCUGAGCUCUACUUUCUUCAAAUUAACCCGCAUAGUAUAAACAAUUGCGGACUGAAGUAACAAACAACUGAAUAUUUUGUGGAAAAACAUUCAACAAAACAAAUAUUUUUUUAUAGAUCGAGUGAAAUUGAAAGAUUGAUUUCCCUAUUACUGCUUAAAAUCCAGAGGAAGUCUAUUGUAUCGUCCGGGGGGUUAAUGAAGUCAUAGAGAACUAAUCUUUGUCGGGAAGAUGCUCCUGACGAUAAUAGGACAAACCUGAUACCCGAUACCCUAUUUAAUAAUUCUGUUUUAAGUGAGUUACCAAUUUCUUGUUGAAAGACCUGUUAUAAAUUAUUGAUUAUUAAUUUGACUAGAAACUAGAAACCCUAAGCUAGAAACCCUGAGAAAGUCUACUGUAGAAAGCCAGAAACGUUGAAAGUGGAUUUUUUGAUAUGCAUUAUGUUCUAGAAAACAUUGGUUUAUUAUUCUAUAAUAAAAAAUGUUUCAAAGAUUUUCAAUUGAAACAGGAAAGCCUGAUGAAAAUUGGAAAAAACAAAUUGAAAAAGCAGGUUUCUUUAUUGACAAAGAAAAAUCGUGCAGAACCCUCGUCAUAAAUGGCUUGCAAGUAGAAAUUUGCUUUGCUAUCUGGAGAAAAAUCGAGAAAAUAAAAACCCUGGGGAAGUCUGCCAGAAAAGAAUCGAAACGUCGAAAAUUGCGAUGUUUUUUUUUUAAUACAACCACACUUAGAUUGCUCCAAUGGACGGUUUCUCAUCCAAGCAACGAUUUGUUUUUUUUUUAUAUUUGACUUGAUUUAAGACUCUCCUUAUACUGGAUUUUGUUCUUACGUCUUAAAUUUUGGAAUGUUGCUAGGGUUUAUUAUAUACCGAUACAUUCCUGAACUCUUGCUUCUUUUCAUCUACUGGCAAAGUACAAAUAACAGCAAUGUCAAAAUUGUUUUGCCUUGUGAAAAAAAUGGAAGCUUUUAAAAUCGAGAAACUUGAAGACUUGUUGAAAACACUUAAUUUUUUCUUCUCUAAAUCACCACAAUUCAAUUGCAUCAGUGGAUCAUCAGGAAUGAUUUCUUGGUCAACUAACACAUCACGUUUAAUAUUGGACUUGACUUGAGAGUUUUUUCUCUAAUUGUGUUCUUACACCCUGAAUUGUUGCUUGAGUUUAUCGUUUACUGAAGCAUUUUUGAGCUUUCCUCCUUUCAAUCAUUACGCAAAGUGGACUGUGACUGUGUGACAACUGUCGAUCUUUUAAGGAUCUGACGAAUUUCUGCAGAACCGUCGUCGUAAGCCAGAAACUCGACAACCCUAAGGAAGUCCACCAAUGAAGGAUCGAAACGUCAGAAACGUGGAUUUUCUUUCUCACACAACCACAUUUUGAUUGUUUGAAUGUGUCAUUGGAAAUGAGUUCUUUUCCAAGUUUUGACAAUCGACAAAUAUGACUUACAUAGAAAGGUCAAACAGAAAGGUGAUUUUUUCUUCUUCAAAUCAGCACCAUCUAAUUGACUUUGAUGAGUCAUCAUAAACUUCCGCAAGCCAUUAUCUAAGUUUCAAAUUCAACCAUAAUUUCUCCCCAGGUUGAUUGUGCUUUACACCUGUAUUCUGGAAUAAUGCUUGGAUUUGUUAUAUGCCAAAGUAUUCCGGGGCUGCUCCUUUUAAUAAAUUAGCAAAGUACAUGCAAAACUGCUAAUUCAAAUAAAAAAUAGCUCAUUUUUAGUAUUUUUUUUUUAACAAAAUAAACAAAGUUAUAAUAGAAGAAGUGGAAGCCUUCUCUUGUGAAAAAAAUGUAACCUUUUUUUGUACUGAACAUAAUGAGGAUUUUGUCAGUAUAAUGCUGAAAGUUAAAUUUUCUGCAAUAAAUUUUCCUUAAAAAAUUAGUUUGUUCCUUAACUAAUAAAAAAUAUGCUUAUUGAAAUUAAAAAUCUGCUGACAAUUGAAAGAGACAAAUUAAAAAGAAGAAAUUCUUUUUUUUUUUCAAUGUUAAUUAAAAUCCUGUAAAACCAUCGUCAUGAUUAGCUUGCAUGAAACAUUUGCUUCGUUUCUGAUCUCUUGCUUCUUCAAUUCUGCUGGCAAAAUACAAACAACUGCAGAUUGGUUGGUGCAAAAUUUGCUUUGCCUGGUGAAAAAAGUUACAAUCUUUUAGAGGCGCGAAACUUGAAAACCCUGAAGAAGCCUACCGUAAAAAGCUCGAAACGUUGAAAAAUGUUUUAUUUUUAUUUCUCUUCUCUUUAUCUUCUAUUUCUCAAGUAACAAGUUACGUCAAUAUUUUACUUGACUUUAGGCUACCCUGUAUUGAUUUCGUGCUUUCACAAUUCAAAAAUAUUGCUUGAGUUUAUUAUAGACUGACAAAUUUCUGUGCUCUUCUUUCAAGCAGAGGUCUAUUUAUCAAAUUUGACCUAAUGAUUAUUUAUUAUUUUGUUCCAAUUAAAUCGUUUCGAACUGUAGAACCUUGAGGAAGUCUGCUGUAGAAAAGUUGAAACGUCGAGUAACACAUGUUUGUGUAGAAGAAAGCUAAAUAAUUUUUGUGAUUCUGAAUAAGAGUAAAACUGGCCAGUGGAUAAGAAAAAGGAAAAACUAGUGAAGCUAUUUUUCAUAACUGAUCAGAAGCUAAUAAUUAUGCUUUAUUAAAACGUUAUUAAAAUUUCAAUUUUUUUUAUUCUAAACAUUAUCUUGUGAUGUUUUUCUUUUUUUUUUUUGGAAAAAGACUAGCAUAUAAUAAUGAAAGAUUAUGGUAAUUUUAUCUAAAUUCUGAAGAAUUCUUGAAUGGCAUUGUGAGCAUAUAUCGAUAAGAAUGUAGAAUUGAGGUGACUCUUGGAUCCCUGUCUCAGUACGAGCCUUGCCCAUCCAAUUUUUUUCGCGAUUUUAUCUAUAUUUUCAAGAAUAACUAGUUUGAAGCUCGGAUUUACGGAGAAAUCCGUGGUAAUCUCAAGAAUAGACAAACUUUCCCCAUCUAAAACGACCCUAGCGCAUUUCCUUGCGGAACGUUUUCAGAAUACCCUUGAAUUUUAACCGCUCAUUGAGCUUAAACCUCAAUAGAACUAUGAAUAACCGAUCAAACGAAGCUCCUCUAAUACACACAUACACACUCACACACUUCUACACGCACUCACCCCCACACCCACAGAAGAAGCGAAUGUGUUUUUCUGUUAACCUAACUUUAUACACACGUGUAAUCAAAAGAACGCAACCAAGCAAACAAAACAAGCAGCAAGCGAGAAAUAUUUCUAAAAUAUUUUGUUUACCAUAGCUGAAAGUUCCUUUUUGUUAAUUCUGUUGUUUAGUAUAAUUUUUAACUUAAAUUAUUACACUUUUUUUGUUUAUUUUUAUUGACCACACAUCCGUGGCGAGAACUUGAAUGUGCGCGAAUUUAAUCUACACUACACAACCACAACAGUAACAGUUUUCUUUUGCUAUUUGCGUAAAUCGCAAAAAAAAACAUUGAUUGAUUGAAAACAGAAUCAGCGCAGGCUCACGCAGUUUACAAAAUGGAAAUCCACCUGCGAAACAACGGAUGGAGAAAACAAAACAUAAAUAUAUAUUUAUUUUUCAUAUAUUUACAUGAUAAUUUCCGCAGAUUGGAUGUUACAAGCGACAAGGUCACGUGUUAGGCAGUAAGAAGAAUGAAGAUGCAGUUUUUGUUUUUCAUCUUAACACAAACAAACACGCAACACAUCCACAACACAUGCAAAAAAAAACACUUAACCGCAAACGCGAACGGAAAGUUAGAAGGCACGAAGACGAAAGGAAAUUGAGAAUUUUGUUUUACGAUAAAAACCCAGCAGCACACAGACAAACAGACAACAGAAGACACCCUGAGGUUUGAACUAAUAACAAUAUUACUAGUGUAGCGCAAGAUGGAAGGUUGCUUUAAGGAGUAAUUCCAUUUUGAUGAGAGUUUUUUUUCCGUGGACUCGCGUGUAAAAUAGACAUGAGGUAAUAUUAUUGGAGAAUCAAUUAUUAUUAUACUAUUCUAUAUAUAUACAUACAUAUACUUAGAAAAUAUUUUAGUACUAUUACAACAAUAAAUAUAAGCGCAAGGUAAGAAACAAAAAAAAAACAAUUAUAGCAAUAAUUAUCACUUAAAAAUAUCUUGCAAAUAAAAAGAAAAAAAAAUAAUUAAACCGUAGGAUGUAACAAUAAGAGCAUAGAACGUAUUUAUAUGGAAAAAAAUAUACCUUUUAUACGAAAGAAAGAAAAAAAAUCAGAAAAAAUGAACUUAUAUCAACACACACUUAAGAGAAGAAAACGAAAAUAGUUACAACACGGCGCAUACAGAGGAAGGAAUAUGUUUUAAGAAAAAAUAAAAAUACCCACACACAUAUACACACAGAAAACCAACACCACGCGAAACCAUGCACCUUCUCACCGCCAACAACAUCACGAGUUUCUCGUUUUUUUUUAGGCUGAAAAAUGCUCCCACUUUCGGCGAGACUUUAGGGCGUACAUUUUCGGCUUAUUCUCCUCGAAAUAAGAAGCAUACGCAAACACACACACACACUCAUACACAGAGAGACCGUAAAAACACGUAUCAAAGCAAGCCAUUGCUGCAGGUUUGCAACUAAAGGACAAAAAAAAACAUAUUUUUAUAAAGCAAAAAAAAACUAAGCAAAGGAAAUCCCGUUACACAUACUCACACAUGUUCUAUUGAUUAAAGAUUCAAACAAAAAAACUCAGCAUACACAUGAGAAAACACACACAUACACACAAACGCAAAUGUAGCUGCCAGCGGAAAUUCUUUUUGGACGAAGAAAAAUUCCGACUGUCGGCAACUUUGUAGCUUAGAGUGCCUCUAAAUAAAAGAAAAAAAAUGGAUGAAAAUAGAAACACGUUGACAUAAUUUUGAAACCAAUAUUACUACCAGAUAAAGAAAAUACUAAAUGUAGAGAAAGCAGAAACAUAGCAGAAGAGAAACAAAAACAUACAGAAAUCAUAGAUCAUAAGAUUGAUGAUGAUUUAUAUAUAUACAUAUAGAUAUGCAGCAGUCACACAAUAAGCAAAGCGAUAGUGAAAACGUUUGGAAUGACACAUACACACGCAGACACAGAAACACAUGUAGAAAGAGGAGAAAACAGUUCUUUGCGCGUCAUGCACUCACACUCACACUGACACAUUGUUGAAUGAAAAGCUGCAGAAAAAGCGAGCGAGAGAGAGAGAGCAAAAAAAUAAACAAAAAGAAACAACAUGCUUCAGCGUUAGAGCGACCCCCUGCUGUUUGAGUUGUCGCUUCUCUCGGUUGAUUACCUUCGUAUAAGAUAUGCAAGAAAAAAAAAUUACCUAUAGGUGAAGAAAAUUAAAAUAAUACACAAUAAUCUGUGAUUUUGAUAAUAACAAGAAGAAGAAGAACGCAAACAUUAAAAAAAAACCACACACAAGAGAGAUGUUUGGAGGAACUUUGGGCGGAAGCGAAAUUCGAAAUUUACCAAAAAAAAGGUUUUUGGAAACCACUACCAGUAUCAUAAGCAAAAAAAAAAACCAAUUGGCUGUAAUUCUUUAGGAACUGAACAAAAAACUGAUGGCGCUUAGUUUGGCAUUUAUACUUUCGGCAAACGAUACUAGUCAAAAUUCAAAAUUUACACCAAAAAUUUUCUAGCUUUAUUGUUAUUAUCAUAAUUAAGAGUUUGGUUCGAGUUAUCCUUUACACCGUUUUUUGGGCAAAUCGUGUAGAGAGACAAGCAAACAAAAAACCAUACGGAUACGUUACGAAAAAAAAAUAAAUUCUAGGAUGUAAAACAAUAAACAGUCAUAAAAUCUAUAAGUUAAGGCCCCCUGCGUUUAGAACAAACAAAAAAAUAAAUGAAAACAUAAAAUCUGAGUAACGAUUAGUUCGAUUUUGGAUGGCAUACAUAAGUAAGUGUAAAAAAAAACAAACAAACAUAUUUAAAAGUUGUAACGAAAGGAAAACAAAAACACGCAAUGCGACGACUGCACAGUAGGCGAGCGAACGAGCAGAAAACGAUGAAGAUCUUAGAAAACUAACAACAACAAAAAAUGACAACAAUUAGACACGUUUCUCGGUCAAGAAGUACGCAUGGGAUUCAACUCUCCUUUACACGCAUAUACAAACACACACACACACUCAAACGGCGAGGCUUUUAUUUGUACCUUUUGUUUUCGUUUCCUUCUUGCAUCUAAGUAGAAAAGCUUCCUAGAAAACUCCCCUAUAGAACUCUACAAUUGUAAGCCGUUAGGUUACUUAGAAGACCACUAAUCAAUAAAUGAACAGUACCAAUCGAAUCGGAUUAGUUUCAGUUGUUCUUUCAGACAGAAGCGGCUGCGAAACCGAUGCGAAGAUAUAAUAACACACAGACACUUACUUACUCACACAAACAUGUAAACAGAAGAUGAAAAAAAAUACAGAACAAGCAGAAAUUAAGGAAAUAAUAGCUCAGGGCAACUCAAAUUCUUCCAUAAUAUAUCAAUAGAGAAACAAGACAAAACACACACACACAAAACCAACACAUGUAAGAAAAAAAAAAACAAACCGAACAAUUAAAUCUGGAACAACGCACUGGAAACUGACCAAAACCCGGUUGGUGAGAGAAGUGCGAAUCCAACACAACUGUACAUUAUCCAAACAGCCAGCAAACCGAAUAAUGGAGACAAGAAGAAAAAAAAACCAACCCGAUAGAGCAAUUGACAGAAUAAAUAUAUAUUUUUUAAAAACAAUCCACAGCCGACUGGUUUGCAGUCCUUAGCAUGCACACAGUAGACGGUAAAAAUUAAAAAGAAGAAAACUACAAACCAUCCUCCCCUGAUUAAAAAAAGCAAACAAAGCAAUCCAACUGUGAAAUGGUUUUGUUAUUUGUUUAAAACACCAUCCCCCACCCAUUCCUCUUUCCUUUCCAACCCCCGUUAAUCUCGCACAUAUACAGACUCAAACCAUAGCCUUAUGAUGGUGUAAACUAAAACUCAUCGUUAAAUCGAAUCGCAACUGGAAGAAUUUACUACAACAACAACAACAGCAUCUUAGAAGCAGAAAAAAACCAAAACAUAACCUCCAACCUUUAGUUUCCGAGGCGCGUAAACGCGCAAUGAAUGCAAUGUUGUUCUAGGUAAAUAAACAAACAAACAAACAGAGGAAUAUUAAACAGGUUAAUUGAUUAUUUGCAAUAGUUAUUAUACCGAUAUACUGUGAGCGCAACAGGAGUAAAACAAACGUAAACAAUAGAACUGGUGAUUUUUUUCUACAUAUACAACAAUACAAACUUUUAUUACCUAGCGAAGCAAGCAAGCAAGUAAACGAAACAAAACAAUAGUGCGGGAUAUAAAAAACUUGAAACUCAAUCCUUAGUUUCCAAACUUUUACAGAUCGAUCAACAAUCGCUAACUAAAUGCAACAGUGCAACGUGAGAGAGAGCAGGAGAGAACAAAAAAAAACCAGCCACGCAAAACAAUAGAUUUCAACCAAAACCGGGAUAGGUUCACUUUUUUACAAUAGCAAACAACGGGGUAAAUCAAGUAAAAUUAUUCUCACAACAAUAGUGCACUCAUAUGUAUCAGUAAACUCACACAGACACACACACAGAUAAAAGGGACACUUACACAUACUGACAGAAAACAAACCGUACCGAACGCGUGUGGCAUGAGCGUAGGUAGAAUAGACGUUUUUUAUCCCGUUAUCGAAGGUGUGAUAUUUUUGAAAUACAAUAAGUUGUGGUGGAGCGGAAAAAGCAGCUUCGAUUGUGGUUUUAAAACAAGUUAAAAGGAGAAAUUACUCACCCUAUCCUGGAUGGUUUAAUAUUUAACACAAAGACAUCACUUUUUUCACUUUACCAACGAUUUACUGAAAUGUAAACAACUGAGUAACCAGUGACACUUCGGUGUUCGUUCGCAGAGCGCGCAAACGCUAGCUACUUGGAUGACAGCACACAGCAAUACUCCAGCUGUGUUUUGGGAGUGCGUUCAGAUUGAUUUCGCAUUAUCAUUGUGAGAAAAGGUUUUUAAUUUUCCUUCUAUGUUCUAUGUUUACCGUGAAAAGUUAACACAGAAUAAAAGGAAGAAAUGGACAUAAGAGUUUUCAAUCCUUCACUAAUCAUUUCGCCACUGUUCUGUGGAAGCCCCAAAUUUCGAAGGAAUUCCGCUCAUUUUUUAUGUCAAGCGAAUAUGGGUCGUUAUCAUUUCUUCCGUGAGAUCUGUUUCUAUUUGUGGUUCUUGGUUUCAAAAGCAUAAUUUUGUACUCAAUUUGGAUAAUUUUCAUUUUUUGGGGUAUAAGAUGCGUUUUUACGCCAUUCUGAGACCAUUUUGGUUUAAUUUUUCUUUUUAGUGUAUUUGGUCUUUAGAAGCAUUAUUUUUCCAUCCUUGAGUUGAAUGUGGGAUUAUUUGGGAUCUGAGGCAUUUUCUAACUUUCAGAUUUUUUUUUUGCUUUCAUUUUUUCAACUCUGAGCUUAAUUUAGAGUCUAUUUUAUGAGCAUUUCCUCGUCGUAAGAAGCGUUCUUCGCUUUUCUGAGCUCAGUUCAGUAUUAUUUUUUGGCCGUUGCAGGCAUUUAGAAAUAAUUUUCGUCAUCCAUUCUGAGCUCCGUUUGAGAUCGUUUUCUUUUUUAGCAUUAAAAACCUGCUAUCGCUGUUUUGAUUUCAAAAACGGAUUGUUUUUUACGGUAUGUUCUGACGUUGAGCAACGUUUUUUCUCCUUUAUGUGAUCAUUUGAGUAUCAAUUCUUAAAUAAGGAUCAUCACCUUCAACAUUCUGUUCUGGUUCGUUCACGUUGUUUUUUGUAGAUGAAAAUAGUACUUCAGCCUCAAUAUUACUCGCACUUUCAAUUAAAACUCAUGGUGCCUCUACCAAAUAUUUUCCAGUUAAUUGUCGAUAUUCCAAAAUUAUAUUUUCAUUUUUUCUACGGUUGUAGUGUUGAUGAACUUGUUGGAUAGAACGAGGAUUGCCUUUCAGAAAAUAGUUUCUUUUUUAUAUUGCUCUUCUUGCAAAAAAUUUCCGUGAUUCUAAGAACGAUUCCAAUUUGAUAAUUCAGUUGAAAGUUUAAGUUUUUUUUGGAACCUGUUAAUGUCACCAUACGAUUGACUUCAAAGUUCAUGAUAAAUUGAAGUUAGAUUGACUUGGCAAUAAGGCACAAAAAUUUACGUUCCGGGGCACUUUUUCUUCUUAUUCUUCUACUGAACAAAACAUUCUAUUUGUAUGUCCGUUCAACACUUAAACAGUAGGAAAAAGUUUUGGAGAAUACAAGGCCCAUAACCUUUUAUUUUCGCUCAUUCUUUGGGCCCAUAACCUGUGAUGUCACUGAUGAGCAAUUUGAUCGCAAUCGCAAUCAAGUUUCAUGAUUGUCUAAUGCAUCACUCAAUUAACCAAUUGAAAUGAAUCACUACAAUGGGCAGCCACAACCAGGUCAGAUAUUAUGCAGUAGUAGAUGGAGGAAAAAGUUCGAAUGUACGGGGGUCAGGGCCGGAUUUAGACGGCGGGGGCCCGGGGCAAAUUUGUUUGUGAGGCCCUCUUUCCUUAAAACAUCUAACGAUACCUGUUCUGGAAGGUGACGAGCAAAAAAAAAGUCGCCUCAGGACUAGGGGGGCCCCUUGAAUCGGGAGGCCCGGGGCAUCUGCCCCCUUUGCCCCCCCCCCUCAAAUCCGGGCCUGACGGGGGUAUAGCACUCCACCAGGUUCGUGGAUAAACAUCGAAAUAGGCGACAUUUUGUUCGUCACUUCAGUGUUAAAAAUAUUUAAUUGUGGUAAAAAAUUAGCAACAAAAAUUGCUGUCUUCUGUGAAACUUGGAGAACUACUUCUUCACAUGACCAUUCUCAUUUCUUCUUUGUUCUUGUUUUGUUCACAGUAACAAUGACAGGACUUAAUGGAAGGAUUAACAAUUUUUUUCGAAAUGAAUGAAAGGCAGUCAGAAAACCCAUCUAGAGGAACGAAUUGCUCAACGCGAAAACAGUAGAAACGAGUUACAGAGAAUACAGGGCCCAUAACCUUCGAUGGCACUGAUUUUGAACUGCGAAACUAAUGGUAGAGAUUAUGUAAAAAAGUUAACAUGACAAUUCAGUUGAAAACAAUUUAGCAAAUUUAUUUGAUAUUUUAUUACACAAAAAGAGGGAGCAGAAUUGGAAUCUGAUGAUAAAUUUUUUUGUAACAUUAAAAAUUUCCGAAAAACAGCUAAAGUUUACGAGGUUUUCCGGAAGAAAAAGCCUUGUAGUUCCUGAUUUUUCGUAGCGCUGGAUAAGCUAUUUUGAACGUGGUGCAGCAUUUCUAUGAUCAUCUUCAAACGACCGAAGUUUACUAUAGAAAAGUUUAUACAGCGAGUUUCUCUACUUUCUGUACAGUCAUUUAUCACUCAGCUUGAAAUAACUUGGAAAAUUUUUAAUAUUGGAUGUAGUGUUUACCAAUGUACAAAACACAAAACUUUGCGUGUAGCAUCCGUUAGUGUGAACCGAAAACAGAACCAUACUUCUCGGCUAAUUGAAUUGCAGUUUUCUACUAAUAUGGCAGGAGUGACAAUAUUUUUCAAUGUUGGAUUGUUCCUUCAAAACUAAUGAUUUUGUUCACAAAAUACCCAAUCUCCGAACUAAUAUAUGUACUUUGAGAUAUUCAGAUUUUUUCUUUCAACAAUUCGUACGAAGAACCAUCAAGAAAAUAUAGACUCUCUCUCAUAAACAUUUGAAGGUUUUUUAGAGUAACCUGUAAAAAUUAAACUGCAUAUUUCCGUGACCAAAGAACAAAAUAAAACACAAUAAAAGCAACAAAACUUUAUGCGGCUUAAACACAGGGUUUAAUAACCUUUUUUUAAUUUUCGCUUAUUUUUCGGGCCCACAACCUUUGUUGAAAGCAGAUCAAAUUUUCACGCAUAUGUCGUUUGACCUCGCAGUCUUUUUUAUCUAUUGACGCGUUUGACUGAAUCAUGUUUGCUCUCUCUCCAUAAAACAGUUUUGUAUUAUCAUCUGGUUUGAUUUCCAUUUGUCCAUAAACGUUUUCGUUACUUGACCGUCUUGAACGAGACAGACACUGUCGAACGCCGCUCUUAGCGCUAUACGGUUGCAUACGACUACGUGAUAUCACCGGGCUUGACUAUUCGGUUGAAUAUAAUAAUGAACUCUGAUGGAAGCUUUUGGAUGGAAGGUUAGAAAGCUUUUAAUUUUUUUUUUAAAACCAAACAUUCAUGUGAGUUUUUAAAACCCCAAAAAAUAAGUAGAAGUGGGAUAAUUUAUAUCCAAAUAUCAAGUCAAUAACAUUCUAGAAAUCCGAUUUUUUUUUUCAAAUGGCAAAUUUAAGUGAACGAUUUUUUUCCAGAAAAGAAAUCAAUUCGAAUGACAUUACUAGUUUUUAUUUCCGAAGAAACGUUCAAAAAAUUACAGAUCCCAAAAGGCUGCUGGAGUUUGUACCGAAGAAAUAAAAACAUUUUUUGAAAAAUACGCUACAAAUUGAAAAUUAGAAUUGGAUAACACAAAUUUAAAAUUGUUGUCCAAAACAAACAAAUUUACGAACAAGUUUCUUUCCUUCGUCAUCCCAAAUAAUUUAGAGUUGUAGAUUUUUUUCUAGAAAUAAAUCAUCCCAGGAUAUUUUUGGACGCAAGAAAUUGUAUUUCCGAGUUUUGGCUACAAUUGAGGACACAACAAUAUGAUUCCUGAGACAUAAAGUGUCAUUAUUUGACCUUGUUUUCAAGUUUCAUUUGUUCUUAUUUCCCCUUAAAAUAGCCACUUUGCUUGAGACAACAUCCCGAUUGGCUAAAAAAUGGAAUCAACAUAGAUUUACAUCGAUUCACGAGCCAUCGUUCAUGUUUCAAUUUCAAAUUACUAUCCACAAAUAGAAAGAAUAAAUCCAAUGCCUUCAGACUACCAACUUGUAUAAAUACAACAAAUAUGACUAACAAUACGGUCACCCGCUCCGGGUCAGACACUGUUGUACGCCGCCUUUUAAAUCAGAGAUGGCUCAUUAUCGGAAACUGUAAUCUAGAUCUAGAUAGAGUUGGACAGUAGUUUUGUUGAAAGAUAUUAGAAAACGAGAAUUUCGUAAUUUCAUCGCACGACUAAAAGAGGUCUCAGCCAUGCAGCAAAAUUACUUGUUGUAUCGUGUUGCAGCUUGGAAGGAAGAAAAUAAAAUUCUGUUCGAGUCGGAAAGAAGCAAUUAGCGAACUUUCUGCACUCUUAGCCCUCUCAAUAGUUUAAUACGCUAUUGCGUGUUGCAUAUAGCAGGUGUGCGGCUGGGGGACAACAUAAUAUUGUUAGAGCUGAUGUUGACUGAUGGUAGACGGGAGAACGGAGUUCGAAAUGCGGUUGUGAAGUCGAACUAACCGUCUUUUGUAGGGCGUUCCAACAUUUUGAAUAAAGUGUUUUGAAUUUUCUGAAACAAAAACAACAUUUUCAACAGAAAACACCCAAGUUUUUGAUUGCAAUCGGAUUAGUUUGGUAUUAAAGCCCUGUAUUUACCUCGUUUAAGCACAGUAUUAUAGAGUUGUGGUAAAUUACUGCGUAUCUUUUGAUCACGGUUGCAACUUGACAGAAAGCUUUCGCUAACGUUUUGCAAAUACCAGGUGUACUCCUAAGUUAUUUCCGGUUUUUUCGAUGGAUGGUGUUCUGUUUUGUACCACUGUUGGUAACACAUACCAUAUGUCAUUUUGUUCAGUCAUAUCGAGUGCUUGAACUGCGUUGACAUUAUCUCGAAAAAAUCUUCCAGCAAGUUUUUAUCGCGCGUCAAAAAUGUCGAAUUUUGUACCGAAUUUUGAGCAUAUGCGCCAUGCAUUGCUUUUCAUGUUCAACCAAAGGGAAAAAAAGUGUCCGAAAGCCACUGUGCGCUUGUGGAACUUUAUGGUGAUCGUGCAUUAACACUUCGAACAUGUGGAACGUGGUUUCGACAGUUCAAAAAUGGAGAUAUCGACCUGAACGAGGCCGCACGCUCCGGUAAGCGAAAAUCGUUCGAGCAUUAUUAGAUGAAGACAUCAUGCAAAUGCAACGACAGCUUGCAAAUGCGUUGGAAGUUCAACAGCAAGCAAUUUUCAAACGUCUGCGAGCCAGAAUAUCAAAAACGACAGAAGAAGGUGAUUUUGCUCCACGACAAUGCGCUGUCGCAUAAGUCGAAAGUCGUUUGUGACAUGCUGGAACAGCUCAAGUGGGAAGUGCUUGAUCAUGCGGCUUACUCACCAGACCUGGCGCCAGCCGACUACUACCUCUUUGCCUCGUUGGGUCAUGCCCUUUCUGAGCAGCGCUUCGACUCGUACGAAAAUGUACGAAGAUGGCUCACGGAGUGGUUCACCUUCAAAGGCAAUGAUUUUUACUAGCGUGGUAUCCACAAUUUACCAGAAAGGUGGGAAAAAUGUUUAGAAAGCGAUGGAAAAUAUUUUGAAUAAAAUAAAGGUUACGUUUUUUUUUUAAAUUAUGUGUUUUAUUUGCAAAAAAACCGGAAAUUACUUAGGAGUACACAUGGUAUGUGUAAUAUGUCCCUUGAAUAAGGCCGAUGAAUACAAUUCAAAAUUGCAUUGACAUAAUAUCAUCUUUUGUUUCGCCAAGGUUUUGUUAAAAGGUAUUUUACCCAUAAUAUUUCACUUUGCAAUGUUCAUAUGUUAUAAGUGUAGUGUUGUAAGUGGCUCCGCCUUUUUUUCAGUUAUGUCAUUUUCCCAGUUUCGCAAAAUUUUAUUCAGCAUAUGAUUCGAAUGUACAGAAUAAAGGGCUAUCAACAUUCCACGUGGACAAUUUCUUAACGAUUUUGGCCGCCCACCCCUCUCUCUACGUUGACAACUGUGAAUUCGAAAAAUUUUGUAUGGACCGUGGACAUUACACCGACCCCUCUCCUCCCCCCCUCCUCAAAGCUGUCCACGUGGAAUGUGGAUGGCCCCGAAUCUCAUUACACGUUACAACAGUGGUGGUACCGAACAGAUGGAGCUUUCAACCAUGCAACAAAAUAAAUAAACGUAUCGUUUUGCGGGCUUAGGAGACAACCAAAUUCUUUUCGUGUCGGAUGAAAGUAGAUAGCCAAGAUGCAGAACUCUCAGCCCCGCUGUUGCGUUACAGCUGGGGGGUAGCAAAAUUCUGUUCUGAGUUCGAAAUGCUACUGAGAAGUCGAGAAGUCUUUCUUGAAUCGUUUCAAUGUUUUGUAUAUUCUGAAGUAUAAUGAAUUUCCCAACACGAAGUCAGUUUUUUAUAGUGGGUGACCGUCGCCUUCAUCAGCAACCAUCAUCAUUUACCUCCACAAGAACAACAAAAACAGACUUACGUAGUCCUACAUCGACAAUGAGGUAGUUAAGGGACCCCACAUUCUACUUUUUUAAAUUUCAAUGUUGUAGCAUUGAAAAAAAUUCAUAAAGAUUCAAGAGCAAACUUUUUACUAAAGUUGAAGAGACAAAAUUUAAAAUGAAAUGUUUUUGAUUUUAACUCCGGUUACGUAAGAACUGACGCUCUGCAAUGAAGUCUCUCUAGAAAACAUAAUUGAAAGAAUGAAAAUUUUGACACUUUUUUUUCUCAAUUAUUUACCAGAAAUAAUUGGUUGUUUUGGUAUUCACAUCUAACUUUUCUACUUCUCAACACCUUAUUGAAUAUACAUUAUUCGGACAUUGACUGAAGACUGCAUCGUCUUAUUCGAAUGUCCGUUUUCGAGCCAGACACUGUCAUACGUCGCCAUUACCACUUUCAAUACUUGCAUACGAUCAAGCUUUUCUGCUCCGUUGCUGAAAUGUGUGUAAUAAAAAUCCUCAUUCUGACAUCAAAAUCAGAUCAAAGAUGUGUGAAGAAUUGCAACAAACUUUUAGUUUUCUAGAAAUGGUGGUACAGUUUCUGAUAUUCCGGCAUGUUAGUCUCCAAAGAAAGAGUGGGAAAUUUUUGAUUGCCGAAUCACUUAUUUCCGAAAACCGAUAAAAACACCCUAAAGAUACCGUUAAACCUGGCUUUCAAUUGGGGAUUUUUGAUACUUUUCGUUCUAAUUUUAUUUAUUUAUCCGGACAUAAACUGGGGAUUGCGUGCUCUAAUUCCUUUUUUUUUCGAGUCAAAUAGUGUUGUACGCCGCUUGUAGCAUCUCAACCUUAUAUGAGGCCAAGAUCAGGCCAAGACCAAAGCCCGAAUUAAAAUGGGAGCAACGGAGGCCAAUAACCCCGGCCCCCUAGUGCUAGGCCAGACAUGCAACACCCCCAUUUGUUAUACCUUCAUCGGAUUAAAAGACAAAGUGAAGACCUUUUUUUUGCUCUUCAUUUACAAGUAUCUCAGCUCUAACAGUUCUUAGGAAUCAGGGCGCAACGAAAAACGUUGGAAAAUUGCUCAUUUUUAACGCGUGAAGAACUGUAGCAAAUUUGAUGUUUCCUCAGUAGCUUCAACACGCCCAAAGAUUUUGCCGACAUAACAGAAUGACUUCAGUUUCACAAAAACACAAGCCACAAUUUAUACUUAGCUUUGAGAAUUUACUCAAAAAAUAUGAACAAAAAUUGCGACACUGACUGUGUAAACCUUCAGACAUCAGCUGAUGAAAACAAUACCUUCAAUAUUUACAAAUUGACAAUAAGUAAAAAGCUUUUUCAUUUACCACUUCGUUAGUCCUAAUCGGAAAAUCUGCAGGUCCAUUACAGUCAGCCGUUCAGCUUUAGCGCUCCUAAAAACACCUGAAAAGCAAUGAAAAUUGGUACAAUUACACUUACUGAGAAUUAAAAAUGAAAUUAGGAAGCUUUAAGUGAGAAAUUAAUCACCAAACAAUGAGCCAGUUUCGCUUGAACUACUGCCUACUGCGAUCAAUAUCCGUUAAAUCUGUUCUAUAGCAACCGCAUACGGACUGCUUUCUUCGCUUCACCGUCAGACUCUGAUUGUCAAAAGCGGAGAGAGAAAAAAGAAUCACACUCUCACAUGUCCCCCCUGAGAAAAAUCGUCACUCCACGCUGCCUACCCUUAGAACCGUGAAUCUCCCCAUCUUUUGAAACCCGACCGGACGGAUCAACUGAAUAUACAUUAUCUAAUUUGAGUGCCAAGCUACUAAAUACAGAACAGAAUAGGAGCAGAAGAAAAACUUUGUAGCACAGCUGAAAAGCUGAGAGAGCAAACCGCUCGCAGUAAGCAAACGCACGGUCUGGAGAACAACCAAAUUUUUACUUCGGAGAAUGAAUAGUCGAGAAAAAAUUUCAACCAACUGUCUGUCAUUUUGGAGGAAAAUAGAAACAAAAAAUCGAAAGGGAAAACGAGAGAAGGGUCAUCAAAGUGGAUGAAUAAGAAUGCAAGAUAGAAGAUACACACAUACAACAACAACAACAACAACAACAACAAAUUAAAGAAAAGCAUAAUUAUAUUAUUAUUAAAGGUAAUAUUAAUAAAUAAACAGAUAAUGAUAAACAGAUAAGAGAAGAAAAAUAACACAUACACACACACACUGUAGUGCCUGUUCCCAAAAAAUCAAAGAUAUAAAGUUAAAAAAAAACACAGAUGAAGUUUAUCGCUCUCGCGUGUGCGGCGAUUCGCUCGUGACGGAAGGCGUGACGAGAUUGUGAGAAAGAAAGAGAGAGAGCAUAAAGACAGACGAAGAAAAACGGAAGAAAAGAGCAGAGCGGAGGAAGCAAAUAUCAAGUGCUUUCGUUUGAAAAAUAUUACCAUAGUUUUUUUCCUCCUCGUUAAGUUUCGGCUCUAGCGUUUAGGUUGACCAUAAUAACAAGCAAGAUUUUUUUUUUUCGUUUCCUAAGACACUCGAUAGCAACCCUGACGAAAAGGGGUUGAGCAAAUACAACUAAGAAAUACUUUUAGCUUAUUGUCUUACCGGUUAAGAAAAAUGAUAAGAGUUAUGAGUAAGAAGAUCGUCACCUGUGUUCUCUUCAAAUAGAGCCUCUAAUUUUCGUUUUCCUAUAUUCGAAAAAAUCGAAAGCAUUCUUCGUCUGGUGCAGACCAAGAAAAAUGGAAGCUAAAGCGAGUGAAACAAAAAAAAAACACAUACACAAUUGUAGAAAACAUCGCUUUUUGUUACAUUAAGCAUAUUUAAUCCGAUCUAAAACGCAAACACGGAACAAGUGAAAUCGAUUUUACUUAGCAUCAUAUAGCAUAUAGCAAGUACGAAGAUCAUCGUUUUGAUGGCAGAAAAACAGUGUAGAUAAAGUGCAAAAUAAUAAAAAAUAUAAACAAUAUAUUUUUCAACCGAUGAAAAUAAAAACCACAAAGCGAAGAGCGACAAACAAGUUGUUUAAGUUGUUUACCACUUUCUAAUUUUUACGCAGGAAGCGAGAGCAGCAGCAGAGUACUACAAAAGAAGAAAGGCAAAACAAUUGAAAUUGAUGUUAUGUUAAAGUUUCUCUUAAAGUAAGACAGGUUAAGCAAACAAUAACAAUACAAAAACUGGAUUAUUUACAGCAGUUCUAAUCAUUGAUUUAUUUACACAUACAGAAGCAUAACAGAUAGGCACGCUGAGAGCGAAAAUAGUUACUUGUUAGCUCCUCUCCCCCCACUGAGCGCGAGAACCCCUUUCCCGCAAAACAGGAAAUAAAACUCCUCCGCAAAGAAGAAAAACAAGAACAAUUUAAAUAACGCAGAUAAACCGAGAAUUGAAGCUAAACACAUACUCACAACUAUUCACGUGAAACAGGCUGGACUGGAGACGUAACGUCAGUUUCAAUUAGUUUUUAUAGAGAACGAAAAACUAUACAAAAGAAUCGUACAGAGACUCCUCAAAACAAAUGAAAAAUAAAAUAACUAUAUCACACUCUCUUUUUGGGUUUCAAGCAUGUCCAUUUGAGUUUCAGUAUGUUAUAAGUAGGAAUUCUCGAAUUGAAGAAGCAAAAAAAAAACACUCUAGAAAUGACCAACAUUGACUUCCACUGCUUUGAUGCAAUAUAAAAUUAUUAAGAAAAAAAAAUUAACUUAAAAAUACAACAAACUUUUAGCUGCCUUUAGACCCGAAAAAUUGAAUGAUUACAUUCACACUCACUUUCACCGAACACACACCCCCUCACAAAACACACGAGUUGAUGAUUUCUUCUUUAAGUUAGAAACGAAAAAAAACGUAUAUUAAAAGCACAUUGAGAAAAAAACUAAAUGGACAUGUAAUCAGCAAAACAACAUUAAGAAAAGCUAGGAAAAAGCGACAAACGGACAACAACAAAAAAAAAACAGAGAUCGACUUAACCACACACUUGGUAGCAGCAAGUUAUGAGAAUGCAGAAUUUGAUACAAUUUUAAAUGAAAGCCGAAAUAAAAGAAGAAAAAAAAACACAUGGAGAGCAAACAAAUUUAAAAUGCAUAUCAUAGUUGUAAAAAAAAUCCAAUUUUGACGAAGUAAGAAAAAAACCAUAAAGAAAACGCUGUAAAAAUAUUAUAAUUAUUAGAGACGAUGAUAAACAGAUGAAGAAAAAAAUGAAAACCCACAAUAAAAAAGAAAAAAAUAAA